UUCAAGAACGUGUUUCGUGUCCAUGAAUUCAAAGCAGUGAAUAGCAUUCAUAGCAGUGAAAAAAGGUAUUCAAACAUUUUAGCUUAAAUUUAUGGAUGAUAACAUUAUUGUUUGUGUUGCUCUUGUCAUUAUUGCUAUCGCUUUAAACACUUGUUGCCAAUCAUCAAUGAUACUGAUGAUUACAAAUAAUUAUCAUCAAAGUCAUGAUAAUAAUGUACAUGCCAUUUUUAUAGUCACCUCGAAAAUAUAUAGCCGGUUACGUUGUUUUAAGAUUUUUUAAUACCGAUUUUUUUUCUUCAUUUACAAGUGUUCAAUAUAGUUUAUUAUUCAUUAUCAACAUGAGUGUGCAAUCUAAAAUCAAUGAAUUUCGAUUAAUUGUUCGUGAAGCCUAUGAAAAUGAUCAAGAAUCUUUUGAUGAAGAUCUUAUUGAAUUAAUGCAAACCAAUGAUUGGAUCGUAGAACGGUAUUUGGAACGACGAAAAACGGUACAAGGAGGUGCUGAAAUGUUGAUCAAUACCAUGAAAUUUCGAAAUAACUUAGGCAUAUCAAAAAUAAGUGAUGUGAAUUUUCCAGCUGAAUAUUUCAAGAUGGGAAUCGCUUUUGAUUAUACCAAAGAUAAACAAGGUAAUGAUGUUUUGUAUAUACGUUAUCGAUUCCACCGUAAAAUCAAAGAAUUGGAUAUGAUUUGGCGACAAUUUGUCCUCUACCAAAUGGAUAAAGUUGAUAAGAAAUCAAAUAGACAAGGUAUGGCAAUUAUUGUUGAUCUGAAUAAUAUCGGUAUGGAUAAUAUGGAUAUGGAUUACGCACGUUGGGGAAUGGCAGCGUUUGGAAAUUAUUGUCCGGCCAGCCUUAAUUACGUAUUAAUAUAUAAUUUACCACGAAUGAUGAAUACUGUAUGGAAUCUUGUUAAACCAUUGUUGCCAAAAGAUUUGGCACAUUUAAUGAAAUUCUGUAGUGGUGAUGAAAUAUUCGACUAUGUUGAUAAAGAAAAUUUACCAAAAUUUCUUGGUGGCGAUUGUCGAUUGAAUCAUUUUCUAGUGCCGGAAGGUUGUCAACCUCUAGCUGAAUUUGGCCGACAAAAAGGUUGGCCACAAAAACAUAUCGAUAAAAUAACAAAAAUAUGGAAGCCAUAUUUGGAUAAAUGUGAAGAUGAAAUUAAAUUAUUGGAUCAAUGAAAAAAGGAGAAAUCUGAAGAAGAUUUUUUAAAUUUCCAUUCUU